GACUGGGAGGAGCGGCCCUUCCCCGACACGGAGCAAAAGACAGAGAAAUAAAACCCAGAGUCCAACUGCAAUGGCCUCAGCAAGUCCAUCACAGAAAAUGCAAGAAGAAGCCACGUGCUCCAUCUGCCUGGAGUAUCUGACGGAGCCGGUGACCAUAGACUGUGGGCACAACUUCUGCCGAGCCUGCAUCACCCAGUACAGUGAGCACGGGGAGCCUGUAUCGGGCACCACGUUCCCCUGUCCUGAGUGCCGGAUGCCAUUUGAGAAAAGGAAAUUCCGGUCCAACAGGAAGCUGGCCAAUAUUGUAGACAACAUCAAACAACUGAGGUUAAAGCCAGGGAAAGGACAGAAGGAGAAUCUGUGUGAGCAACACCAGGAAAAACUCAAACUCUUCUGUGAGGAGGAUGGAGAAGCCAUCUGUGUGGUUUGCAGGGAGUCCCGGGACCACCGAGAUCACACUACGCUCCCCGUGGAGGAGGCUGCCCACGACUACAAGGUGAAACUCCAGGCAGCCCUGGGCCCUCUGCUGAUGGAGCUGGAGGAGGCCCUGGCACUGACAUCCGAAGAGGAGAAGAAAUCCAUAGAGUGGCAGGGCAAAGUGGAGAAUCGGAGACAGUCGAUCACACGUGAAUUUAAGAAACUGCACCAGGUUCUGAGUGAGGAAGAGCAGCUGCUCCUGCGGAGACUGGCGGCGGAGGAGAGGGAGACACUGCAGAGACUACAGGACAAUAUAACAAAGCUCUCGGAGCAGAGCACCACUCUGAUCAGUCUCAUCACAGAGCUACAGGAGAAGUGUCUGCAACCGGCCGCUGAGCUGCUGCAGGAUGUGAAAAGCACAUUGAUCAGGAGUGAGCAUGUGAAGCUCCAGCCACCACAAGCCGUUUCUCCUGCCCUGAGGAACGGGUAUAAAAUCUGCCUUGACAUGAGGGGAAUGCUGGAGAGAUUCACCGUGGACGUGACUCUGGAUCCAGACACAGCAAAUCGCUGGCUUGUCCUGUCUGAGGAUCGGAAACGUGUGAGACACGGAGACACACGCCAGGAUCUGCCCGACAACCCUGAGAGAUUUGAAACUUCUGCCUGUGUCCUGGGCGCUGGGGGGUUCACGGGCGGGUGGAGUUACUGGGAGGUGGAGGUGGGAGACAAGCCUGAAUGGGGCUCUGGGGGGUUUGUAGGGGAAUCUGUGAGUAGGAGGGGGAAGGUCACAGCAUCACCUAAACAUGGAUACUGGACAUUGUGUCUGAGGGGUGGGGUAUACAAGGCCCUAACCUCCCCUCCAACCCCCCUCCCCGUGAGCGUCAGGCCCAGCCGGGUGGGGGUUUUCCUGGACUAUGGGGCGGGCGAGGUCUCAUUUUACAAUGUGACUGACAGGUCCCAUCUCUUCACUUUCACUGACACCUUCUCCGGGACGCUCCGUCCUUGUUUCUAUCCUGGUUACAGUGCUGGGGGCACAAACGCAGCUCCCCUGAUAAUCUGCCCGGUCCCAGCUCAGGCUGGAGGGAAUUUCUGUCCUGUACAGUGACCCUGCGGCAGAGACUGGCCCCUCCCAGUCCAGCACCAGGCCUGUUCCCAGGGGGAUGGUCUAAAGGGCAUCACCUGCCUGACCCCCCUCCCUCAGUUCCCAGCCCCAGGCCUGUGAGCUGCAGGGAGAGGAGAGAGCAGAGAAGGGGUGGAGGGAGCAGGGCAAAGCGGGGUGCAGGCUGCUUGGAAGUGGGGAUGCAGGGUCAGAGGGACAUGCAGGCUCCUGGGCUUUUAAAAGUGAACAUGUGGGUCGCAUGCUGCAAGCAUUUCAGAGCCGAUGCUUUGCGCAAUGAGUGAGAAUGACAGUCAGAGAAAUGCUCCUACCUGAAAGGAGAGAGCCAUGAGCAGGUGGGGGAGUCCCGCGGCUCAGCCCCAGCCCAGAGCCCGGCUGCGCCGGGAGGAUGGAUCAGCACACAGGGCACUAGGAGGGAGGGUGGUUGGUUAGGGAAGAAGUUGCUGCCCCUGACUGGGGGGAGCACUAAGCAUCUCAGCCUCCGAUUCCCUACAGCCCAUCGGCAUGUGCCCGAGUUCCCAUUGAACUGAAUUCACCCCCCGUUACACACAGUGACCGGAGUGACAGAGACCUUUGUCUGCCCCAACAGGGCCCCGUCCAGCAUUACCCACCCAGGGCGGGGGCUGUCUCUGUGCAGCGGGGGAGGGCGUUCAGUUGAUUCCCAGGGCCAUUAACUGCAUUAUCCGACUCCCAGAGAAAAGCCAAUCCAGGAGCUGAGUGAGCACAACAGGUCCAGUGAGCAUUUACUGUCCGGGGAGAUUUCCGCAGGUGUCUGUUCCCCGCCAG